AUGGUGCUGAGCCUGAUCGACCAGUCGAAGCGCACGGCUGCGCGUCGAGCUGUGGACGAGUACGUCCAGAGCGGGUUCGUUGUGGGCAUUGGCAGCGGCUCGACGGUUGUCUACGCCGUCGAGCGCCUCGGUGAGCUCGUGGAAGAGACGAAGCUGUCAGGCAUCAAGUGUAUCCCCACGUCUUUCCAGGCAAAACAGCUCAUUGCCCAGCACAAACUCACGCUCACGAGUUUAGACGAGAGCCCCGUGAUCGACGUGACUAUCGACGGCGCUGAUGAAGUGGAUCUACAGCUGAACUGUAUCAAGGGCGGCGGUGGCUGUCAGCUCCAAGAGAAGGUUGUGGCUUUUGCAGCCAAAAAGUUCGUGAUUGUUGCUGACUACCGCAAAGAAUCCAAGAAGCUCGGCGAGCACUGGACCCAGGGCGUGCCCGUGGAAGUCGUUCCCAUGGCAUACGUGCCACUCAUGCGUUAUCUCGAGGAGAAGUUUGGUGGCAAGCCAGUGCUGCGGAUGGGCAAAUGCAAGGCUGGUCCGGUGGUCACCGACAAUGGCAACUUCGUGCUCGAUAUUAAUUUUGGGGAGAUCGACGACCCAAAGACGCUCUGCGACAGUCUCAAGCUUGUUCCUGGAGUGGUGGAGGUCGGUCUUUUCUGUGGCAUGGCCGAAAAGGCGUUUUUUGGACAGACAAAUGGCUCAGUGACGACGCGGGUUGCCCCGAAGUCUGCUCAGUGA